CCUCUUCAGUCAUCGAUUCACUUUUUACAUUUUACAUUUUUACAGUAAUGAGAGAAAUAAGUUUAGUUUAUUAUACGGUACUUUAGGCUUUCCCAUAUGUGAUCAUAGGUGUAUAAGGGAGUCGUCGAUCGAAGAGAAUGACGGAUAGCCAGCAGCAGUUCUGCUUAAGGUGGAACAACUUUCAGGCAAAUAUCACCAGCCAGUUCGAGGCCCUUCGCGAUGACGAGGAUUUCGUCGACGUUACCUUCGCCUGCGACGGCAGACGUCUUCAGGCCCACAAAGUCGUACUCUCCGCCUGCAGUCCUUACUUCAAGGAGCUGUUCAAGACAAAUCCAUGUAAACAUCCGAUAAUCUUCAUGAGGGAUGUCGAAUUUGAACAUCUGCAGUCGCUGCUGGAGUUCAUGUACGCAGGAGAGGUAAAUAUCUCUCAAGCAGAACUGCCCACCUUUCUGCGCACCGCCGAAUCUCUUCAGAUCCGUGGUCUCACCGACUCUCAGAGUAAUCGACACAACAACGAAAAGCACUCAAAGACUAAUAAUAUCCAUGCGUCGAACGGCCGUGGCCUGAUCUCACCGAGCUUGGAUGAUGAGCGUAGCAAGAGUCCACCGGCAACGAGUCCUCCGCCGUUGAAAAGGCUGUGCAAACGAAGUGAUUCACCUCAAAACUCUAGUCCAAUACCUACGGUGCCGGCAGGCGCCACUUCCACGCAACGUUCUCGUCCGCCGAUCGAACCUCACGUUCAGCUUGAUUAUAAAGAUCUCGAUAUUGUGGAGCCAAAAGUAGAAUUACCAGAAUAUGGCAGCGACGACGAUUGUUCUACAAAACCUGAGAUCAAUGCAUUGCCGGGCGGUUUCCUCAGCUUGGACGGAGGCAUGGAAGUCCUCCCUACGUACCCACCUUCAUAUCAAGGAAGCGGAAUGGACGGAGGAAUGGCAGGACCUUCGCACGGGACUGAGUUGAACCAGGAGCAACAGGGUCGAAGAGUGCGACGUGGCAGGCCACGUCUUGGGACUCGAGGAGGACGUCACCUUUCUCUUCACGGAGAUUCACCGUCCCGUGGGGAUUGGCUUCCUUUGGACAUGAGGACCGCCCCUCCUGCUGUACCAGCAUUUCGCGGCUUCGAGGAAGCUACCUCCGAUGGGGUGGUUCACUUGGGCGAGGGAAUCGCCGUGUGCGAGGAGCAGCUGCGUGCCGUGAAGUGGAGCGACUACCGUAAGCUGACUCGCGGAUUGGCCGCAAUUCUCUUCAGCCCUACCGAGCUUGCGACCUGUUCUGUGACUGGACAGCGCUGGAGCAGAGCGGGCACCGCGACGGAGCGCCCCGUCAAGCCGGCCCUGGACCGUGCCAAGGUGCAGGCUAUCAUAUCCUAUGUGACUUCGAGAUUUCCAACGGUGGACGUGAGCAGUGUGAAGCAAGUUUUGGCCUACAAGUGCAAAGAAAAUUCGACCGCCCUCAAGAUGAAGUCCAUCCGAUAUAUCUGUGAGAGGCAGGACACGGAGACGUCGCCGAUGGGUGAGUCGGAAGAGAAGUGAGCCGGGGCACCGGGUGUGCGCAGGGUGGUACCUCGGUUGCCCUUCCUGGUCCGUCGCGUCCUCCCGCACCCCGAGCCUCACCCUCGCCCCCCUCCACGGACCCCCUCCCCCACCCCUUCCCCGUCAUCCUCUCCAUCCCCAUCCCCCACCCCACCAUCAUCCCUGGGGGGUCUCAUUCGGCUACACGCGAUCCACCGCGCCCUAGAAGCCACCCUCCAUGCAGCCGCUGUACGCGCCUAUUUUUAAUAAUGGGACUCUUACUGUUAGGAUGGAAACUAUCUAAAAGGUCCUGAUCAGAGAGAAGCCUCUGUUAAAUAUUUAUUCUCUGCCGAUUGUUGCCGUAAACCGAUUUGAUCUCGCGCACUUCGGUGCUGACACUGGUUCGCUCUUGGUUCGCUCUUCCUGAGUCACCUGCAUUACCGACAGUAGGUACAAAUCGAACGAUUCCAAACUUCGCCACGUGCGGACCCGUUUCUACUUAUUCUGACCCCUGAGUAUUCGGUUCACGAAUUACCCUCGGCGAACAUCUGAAUAUUUUACCGUCCAAUUUCUUUCUUUGACAAUGACGUUAACUCGACAUUCAACUUGUGACCGAAAGUAGGGUAGUUUAAGUAAAAAUACACCGAGAGGAACGCUCUCAGCCUACUGAAAAUUCAUGUAACAUUGCUUCCUAAUAUUUUCCUCCAGGAUGAUCAUUCUCGCUAUUGAUAUAAAAAUUGUACGGAAACGAGGCAGGAAUUUUUGCGCGGGAUUUGG